UUUUUUUUUUUAUGCUCAUUAUUCAUUCUUUUUAAUCAUGUAUGGUCAUAUUACUAGAAAUCCCUGGGAAGAACAUAUAAAAAAUAGUAAUCAUUUAGACGAAUUACGAAAGUCAAUCCGAGAACAAAAGAUACUUUUAGCGGCCGCAACAGGUGCUGUCGACGACGAUCAGGGUAAUCAGUGCAAUACUUCAACUGUUGAAGAUUUAAAAAGACGUAUUAUUUCUAUUGAUAAGGAAUUAAAGGAAAAGCAAGGGAAAUUAUUUAUUAGAGGUUAUUCAACUCAAAAACAAACACAAUGGUGGACUCGUUAUCAGCGCAACUUGCGUGAACUUGAAGAUUUGGCUGACCAGCGUCAAAUCUUAUUAAAAGAGUCAGAUUAUCUUAUAGGAACAAGCAUAAAGAAUUUAGAGAAAGAGAUAGAGGCACUUGAUUAUCAUUAUUAUUAUAAAAAAAAUGCAAACUUUCCUUUAGGAGAUAAUGGUGUCACUGAAUCAGAACGAAUUCGGGCAAAAGCUCAAGCGAUGGUCGCUGCUCGAUUAAACAAAAAUAAAAGCACAACAUCCAUGCAUGACGAUUCAUCCCAAAAGAUAUCUCAACUAAUAACUGAUAUACAACUAAUGGAAGAGCAGAUAAAUCAUAUCGUAGGGGAAAAUUUAACAAGUAUUGAUGAUAACUUGAAUGAUGGACUUGCACAAAUUAAAGAUCGACAAAUGUUUGAGCAAGGGCUUUAUGUGGAUGAUACUGUGGCUCGAUUCAUUGAUAACCUAAAGAGAACUACUAUAACUGAAAAAGAACCUACUAUUACACAUACUUUGCCACCAUUACCACCUUCUUUAUAUUCGACUCAACCUUUGUCUCCGCAAAAGCCUCCUCCUCCUAUACCCACCUCUCAACGACCGGGCACUCCUAGAUCAGAAGCCGAUAUUAAAGCAGCUGCGUAUAAACGUAUUGAGGAGCGUCGAAAAUUAUUUAUCAAACAAGCUGAUCAGAACCAUGAAAUAAAUAAAAGUAAAACACCUAAUAAAGUCAGUGAUGAGGAAAAAGUUGCACAGGAAAGAAUGAGGCAGGCGGAAUUAGAGGCACGUGCUCGAUUAGAAUGCAUGCGUGAAAAGCGCCAUUUGAUGCGUAAAGAGGCGGCUGAAGCAGAAGAAAAAAAGAAAAGGGCAGCUGCAGAAGCAGCAGAGACAGUAGAGGCAGAGAUCAUUGCUGAAAGAAAGCGUAAGCAGUUGGAAGAAGAGGAGCGUCUUACAAAAAUUAAAAAGCAACAAGAAGAAUUAGCUGAACGGCAAAGAAAAGAACGUGAAGCGGAACUUGAAAAGCUAAGGAUGGAGCAACAAAUACAAGCUGCAGAACGCAAGAAAAGGGAAGAAGAGGAACGUCUAGCAGAGGAAGCUCGUCAGCGGAAAGCAAGACAAGCUGCUGAACAAGCAGCACGUGAAAAAAGACUACGUCGUAUGGAGAUUGAACGUAGAGAAAAGGAAUUAGAGGCUGCAAGGCAAGAAGAAAUAAACCGUCGUAAAAAGUGGGAAGAAGCAGAAAAACAAAAACGUUUGGAAGAAGAAAGGAGGAUUAAGGAGAAAGAGGAAGAGGCAGAAAAAUUAAAACAAAUGUUAGAAGAGGAAGAAAAAAAACAAGAAAAAAAAAGACAUCAGGAAGAUGAAGAAAGAAAACAGCUUGAAGUAGAGGAAGAAUUACGUAGGAAAAGAGAGGAGGAAAGGCUACGAAAAGAAAGACUGUUACAAGAACAAAGAUUACGUGAAGCUGAGCAAAGGUUACAGGAAGAAAAGAAAAGGGAAGAGGAAAGAAAAAAAGAGCUUUAUGAGCAAGAACAAGCAACUGCAAGAGCCGCUGAGGAAGCUAAACGAAUAGAAGAAAUAGCAAAAAAUUCGACAUCAUCGAGUACGCUCGUAAAUGCCCACAAUUUCUCUGCGCUAAAUAGCACAACUGCAGGAAAUAGUGGUUAUGGAAUUGAUAUUGAAGAUGAAGUUAAUUUUAGUAAAAUAUAUCGUGUGGUUACUUUAUAUGAAUUUCAAGGUAUAAGAGAGGAUGAUCUAUCAUUUUCUGCAAAUGAAACAUUGAAAGCCCAUCCAUCGAAGGAUAAGGCUAGUGACUGGUGGUAUGGUACCUCUAUACUUACAAAUCAAGUAGGCUUUUUUCCUCGUACCUAUGUCGAAAUAGUGGAAGAAGCAUUUUACGUUAGAACAUUAUAUGAAUUUAAAAAGACACGUCCUGAUGACCUUGGAUUUGUUGAAAAUGAAAUUAUUUUAGUCCAACCAUUCCAAGACGAAGAGAGUGAAUGGUGGUAUGGUACAAAUGAAGACACAGAAGAAAGUGGUUACUUUCCAAAAUCAUAUGUUGAAAGAAUUAGUUCAUCUUCAUCCAAUAAUCAGCAACCUCAAUAUAAGGUGACUACUACUUCUAUACCAAUACCAAUUAAACCCUCAUCUAAUAAUUAUCAAUCUGAUCAAUUAACGGUUUCAAAUCAUGAUUUUUUACGAGGAGGUUUGUCAGCGCCCAACACACCUAUAAUGAAAAAGACGAAUUUAAACAUGAAUAAAACACAGUUAACGAAACGACGUAGAGCUGCAAGCACUGUCAGCACGAUCAACAAUAGCCAUAUUGGUACACCACAGCUUAUUAUUCCACGAUCUAACAGUAUAUCUGAAAAUCUUGAAUUGCUAACUUGGGCUAGUACAAUGGAUGAGAUUGAAUUAGAGGCAAUACCCUAUGAAGAACGUAAGAGACAAGAAGCUAUUUUUGAGCUGAUUUCUACAGAAAAAACUUAUCUUAACGAUCUUCAGAUGAUUAUUAAUGUCUUUUACACUGACUCUGGAAAAUAUCUAUCACAAGAUGAACGGGAUGUUGUAUUUUCUAAUAUAGACGAUUUAUUACUUUGUAAUACGGCAUUAUUAAGCGAUUUAGAGAGCAGACAAAGAGAAGAAGCAAAUGUGAUUAACCAGAUUGGUGAUAUCUUUUUAAAUCAUGCUGAUAGCUUGAAAUGUUAUUCAAUGUAUUGUCGGAAUCAAUCUUAUGCUUCAAAAUUUUUACAAAAGAAAAGGGAGGAGGAUCAAUGGUUUGAUGUGUUUCUAAAGACAGCACAGAAUAGACCUGAAUGCCGUUCUUUGGAUCUUUCUCAUUUUUUACUUGAGCCUGUACAGCGCAUCACUAGAUAUCCUCUUUUAUUGCGCCAGAUUCUGAACUGCACUUCCAAAAAGCAUCCCGAUUAUACUCUUGUAAGAUCAUCUCUUUCAAUUGCACAAAGAAUAUUAGAAGACGUAAAUGAAGAGACAAGACGAUAUGAAAGCAGCCAAAAAGUGUCAGAGUUAACACGAAUUAUAGAUAUGGAAGCCACAGGUCGAUUAAAUAUUCCUGGUCGUGAAUUUGUUAUGGAUGGCGUACUUUUCAAAGCUAAAAGUGGACGAAAAUUACAUGGAUAUUUAUUUAAUGAUAUAUUGAUUCUUGCAGAGCCUUUGAAAACUUUAAAUCAAAAAGGGUAUUUAUAUAGCCUUUAUCGUGAGCCAAUGCCACUUGAAAGAGUAAGUGUUCGUCAGCAACAAACAAUAUCCUUAAAAGCCUCGUUUGGAAGUAGCAAUACUUCAGAUGAUUUAUCAUUCCAAAUUGUCACCAUAAAUCAAGUUAUCGCUGUUAAAGCUGCAUCAGCAGCUCAAAAACGUCAAUGGAUAAGUCAAAUUCAACAUUACAGUGCGCUCCAGCAAUACAAAUAAUAUACAUACAUAUAUAUAUAUAUCUCAUAAUUAUUUAUCAAAUUGUAAUAUACAUACUAUAUAUCAUGUUAAUUGAUAAUGUAUUCAUUUAACAGAGUUUUGAAGUAAUUAUUAAAAUUUAUGUCAAAACAUUAUUAUAUAAUAAGAACAUUUACC